AAGAUGGUAGACCAGGCUACUCUCGACAAAUUGGAAGCCGGCUUCAAGAAGCUGCAAGAGGCAACUGACUGCAAAUCCCUCUUGAAAAAACAUCUCACCAAGGAAAUCUUUGAUAGCCUGAAGAACAAGAAAACCGCAUUGGGUGCUACUCUUCUUGAUGUCAUUCAGUCCGGAGUUGAGAAUUUGGACAGCGGUGUUGGCAUCUACGCCCCAGAUGCCGAUUCCUACAACGUAUUCGCUGAGCUCUUCAACCCAAUUAUUGAUGACUACCAUGGCGGUUUCAAAGCAACCGACAAGCACCCCCCUACUGACUUCGGCAACAUGGACACCAUCGUCAACGUUGACCCCGCUGGAGAGUUCGUCGUGUCUACAAGAGUUCGUUGCGGCCGCAGCUUAAAGGGGUACUCUUUCAACCCUUGCCUCACCGAAGCGAACUACAAGGAAAUGGAAGAAAAGGUAAGCAAGAUUCUGAGUGGAAUGGAAGGUGAAUUGAAGGGCACUUACUACCCCCUGACAGGCAUGGACAAGACCACACAACAGAAACUCAUUGACGAUCACUUUCUGUUCAAAGAGGGUGACAGGUUCCUCCAGGCAGCUAAUGCUUGCCGUUACUGGCCCACUGGACGUGGUAUUUUCCACAACGAUGCUAAGACUUUCUUGGUGUGGUCCAAUGAGGAAGAUCACUUAAGAAUCAUUUCCAUGCAAAAGGGAGGUGACCUGAAUGCCGUUUUCCAACGUCUGGUCAAUGCUGUCAACAUCAUCGAAUCCAAGCUGCCAUUCUCUCGGGACGACCGCUUGGGUUUCCUCACCUUCUGCCCAACUAACCUUGGCACUACCAUCCGAGCUUCUGUCCACAUUGCUUUGCCCAAACUCGCAAAGGACAAGAAAGUGCUUGAGGACAUUGCUGCCAAAUUUAAUCUUCAAGUCAGAGGUACUCGCGGUGAGCACACUGAGAGUGAGGGCGGAGUUUACGAUAUUUCCAACAAGAGAAGGAUGGGCCUCACUGAGUAUGAAGCCGUCAAAGAGAUGCAGGAUGGCAUUCUCGAAAUGAUCAAAAUGGAGAAGGCUGCUGCCUAA